AUGGCCGAAAGCGAUGACGAUAUGGCAAGACAGGCUUGGGCCGUCUCGUGGGUCGCAGGUGCAUGUGCGACUUGUAUCGUGUACGACCACAUUAUCACUUUUGGGGAAGAGUGUAAUCAUAUUUGGACGGCACGAAUGACUCUGGCUCGUGUCCUUUUCUUUGUGAACCGAUAUGUCGUAGAAGGCAUGUUACUGUUCGCCUUUAUCGGUAAGGACGCGUCUCCGCAGGGUUCGGUAACCUGUCAACUUCAUUGUACGUGGGAUGUUUGCACCAUCAGUUCUGCUCCGGCGCUCAAGGGGUUCUGUAGUUGUGUUUUCUACCUUCGGUGGUUGAGCGUUAAUUUGACCGUUCAAAAUGCGGUGGUGCAAGGGAUCCUCGUGCUACGCGUCUGGGCACUCUACCGGGGCAAUAAGCCGGUGAUAGGACUUGCGUUUUUUCUCUACUUUGGCGUCUGUGCCACGUUGAUUGGCUUGACGACCACUGAUUACGUCGCCGAAAAUGUAGACGUGGAGAGGGUGGUUGCACUUCCCGGUUGCUACGCAAACAGUCUUCCUUCCAUCAUUGUUGGCUAUUGGAUCACCCCUCUGGCUAUCGAGAGCAAGUGGCCCUUCGUUCUAUUUUUUAAAUCCUCCUAUGAACGUCCUCAUUCUGUAGGCUAUCUCUUUGUCCUAGUGACCGUGCGAGCUUUUGUUGACUGGAAGGCGGGUGAAUCUGGCCCUACCAUCUUAUAUUUAAUGGCCCGUGACUCGACGAUUUAUUUCGCCAUAAUAUUUGCUUUAUUACUGGCAAAUCUUUGUAUGUUUAUGAUGGGUCCGCCCUUCUUGUCUAGCUUGCUGGUCAAUCCCCUAAGCGCAGCUACCUGUAUCCUGGGCUCCCGUAUGCUCCUAAACCUUCGAGUUGCUAUUGACUCCCGUCAUUCGAGUUCAGAAUUGGAAAUGCCACGUAAUGCGCGUCAUGAAUCCUCAGAAUAUCUCAGACAUUUACAUGUAUCGGAACCACGAUCCCCCGUCGAUGAAUCUGAUUCCCAUCUCGUGAUGCGCGCUGCAGUAGCUCUGAAUUGUCAAGGGGGCUAA